AUCCGAAAAUGUACCCACAGUGGCUACACAGACUCUGUUCCGUCCAAACCCCUUUCAAAAAGUUAAUCUAGAAUCCUUUGCCAGCCACCUAAUCCCUACUUACCUCUUCCGUGUCGUCGCUCCAGACACUGUCGGAAGCACGUCCACGUCUACUGUUACUCCUCGAGCGUUGAUGACCUCCGAACGCGAUUGCCCAGGAGACAUUUUCCGCCUUGACCAGACCGAGGCCGCAACCCUUGUAUACGAACAUCUUACUUGGAAAUGUCGAGACCGAUGAAACUUCAUGAGUUGGACCAGCUCCUUGCUUUUUGCACUGCAAUACGGCUUAUAUCGACAUACAAUGGACAGAAGCAAACCGGACCUAGAUGAAAUCCUGCUAUUUAUUCUUGACACUCGUGGCUUCGCAGAGGGCACGUUCAUCAAAGACCUGGACAUUAUCAACUUCUUUAAGACACCCACAAAUGACCUAGCUAGCUUCUCGGGCCUCCGAUACGGACGACCAGGAAACAAACCACGACACUACUUCGGUGAAUAUCUAACACAGGACGAACUAAACAUCCAAGGGAAAUGCGCAACCGUCUCAAUGCAGCAAAUGAUCGACCUCGGACUAUUUGAACUAUACCCCAGGCUCGGAAACGAGGACGAAUGGAAUAGUUUGGCGAAUCGAGUCCUCAAGCUUCGAAAAAGCUUUACAUACUCUCCUUCCACAACACCCGCUGAGGUCCAAAAGGCAAUCGAGAUUGCGCAAGGCAGCUUCACAGGCCGCUGGGUCGUUCCCUUUGCCGCCAUGUUGCUUGCUCUUAAGCCAAGAGAUCCAAACGACGCCGAGAUGGUAGCGCGUCUGUCGGAGAUAUCUUCACCGGAGGAGAUAGAUUUCCAAAAGAUCCAAAUCGACGUUAAUGGAUUACUGGAGGUCCAACAGUUUGCCAGAAUCAUCAACAGCGUUCACCGCGAGACCAAGGGCAGUGAUAUCAGCCUUUUGAUAAACCCUUUUACGAGAAUGGAAAUUGCGUGAUAUGGUUUGGUGGCAUUCGCAUGCAAUACACAUAUCGGACCGUACUCGAAGAUGCCCCUCUAAGCAUAUCCAGCUUCUCGGGGCUCGAAAAUGAGUAGGAGCUUGGACAAAUCUAUCUAACAUAUCAGACUUGUAUACCACAGAAAAAUUAUAUUACGUCUCCAG